AUGCCAGUUGUAAACAUUCCAGUUACAGAAUUAGCACACAGUGCUUUUUAUUCUUUACAUAGACCUUUGUUUGGUCUUUCCACGCCUCGUCCAUUCUUGGCCGGUAAUAUGGUCGGUCAAAUUAAAAAAGAAGAAAGCGACUCUUCUUCUAAAGAGGCCCUUUUACAAUACAUGAUGACUCUUCGACCAUUUGAACCUCCAGGAUUGGAUUCACCAAACAAAGAAGAAAAAAGCUCAACAACCACACUUACAGUGGAAAUCGAUCCUUCAUACUUUUUAAAUCACAACAACAAUCAUGAUGAAAUUGCAGAUUAUUUGACUGCAAUGCAGGAGAAGCUAGAUAUAUUGUACGACGAACGAACAGCAGCAAAGAGUUUGAUAUCAAGGAAAAAGAUUAGAAGACUAAGAAAACGCAAAGGCUUUUUUGAAAAAAACUAA